AGGUAAUAACAGUAAUGUAUCUUUCUAUAACAUCUCUCUUUGUGUGUUUAUUAAGUUCCGAUUACAUACUAUUAGCUAUAGGUAUUAUUGUUUAUUACUUAUUACGGAAACAUCGAUAUUCUUAUCGAAUCUAUGGCACCUUUGUCUGCAGUAUCGGUUUGCAUCGUUAAAUACUUUACCGUUCGAUUAAAUACAGAGAAAAUAAAACAACUUUUGGAUCAUUUAAUACACAAUUGGAAAUUAUGUAGGACGAAAGAAGAGUUGGAAAUUAUGCAUAAAUUUGGAAAAGAGACUAAAUUAUUUACUUUAUGUUAUACAAUGUACAUAUAUGUAUGUAUGACCAUGUUUCUUUUGCUACCAAUUUUUCCACUUGUCAUGGAUAUCGUCGUACCUUUGAAUGAAUCCCGUCCUUUAAAACCAAUAUUUAAAGGCGAAUAUUUCAUCGACGAGGAUAAACAUUUUUUCCCAGUUUAUUUUCACAUGAGUAUAAGUAUAGCGAUUUCUAUAACAGCGUUAAUUACAGGAGAUGCACUCUUUUUGAUGUUUAAUUCACAUAUUUGUGGUAUAUUUGCAGCAGUUGGAUGUCGUUUGGAAAACUUUUUAAAGGAUCAAAUAGAUUCCAAAUAUUCCAUAAAUAAUAUAUCGAAAGAUAAGUGUCUCGAAAAUGUUCGAUAUUCUAUUAGAAAUCAUAAAAGUGCAUUAAAGUUAGUAUAUCAUAUACACAUGUAUAUAUAUAAAAUGUUAAUUAUAUAUAUAAGAUAGAUUAAAAGUUCCUAGAUGAUUAUGAAAAAUGAUUACUUUUUUCGAAGUCUAUUAAACUAAUUCUUUUUAAUGUAAACUUUUUUGUAAACAUUUAAGAAUUUUUAGCCCUACCUGUAUAUAAGAACAUUAUAUAAUUAUGUAAAAAAUCUAAUUAACGUUUGUUCCUUUUUCUUUUUCAUAUUUUUUUUUUUUUUGGGAAGGUUUGCCGAACUCAUUGAGUCUUUUUACUCGGUGUCGUUACUUCUACAAGCUGGCUUGAGUUUGAUAUGCAUGAGUAUCUCUUUGUUCGAAGUAAUUGUUAAUUUCUUCCUUUU